AUGAAUCCGCCUAUUCAGCACUACACUUACCCGGACAACCACGCUCCAGCUGCUGCUUAUGAUAGGAUUCUUCAGUUUCUCUACCCUGGGUACCAGAGAUUUUUUCUCAAAUGUGACGAGGAGCUUCGUCGGCCGCAGGCCGACACGUCUUCAGCCUUCGGCCGAAGACACGGGCGGCGAAGCCGCGAGAAAAACUUUUCGCGCGGGUCACUUUUUAAGACUUGACAGAAACCGGAAACCGCGCAUGAAAAGUCUCUGGCACCCAGGGUACAGUUUCUCCCGUAACAAAGAAGAAAAAAAAUGUUUGUAUAAAGUGAUGUCUCCAAUAUUUAAUGGGUCGGAAAUCAAAGCAGCUGUAACUAGAUGUUCUCCAUCCAAAUUUUCUUAAGUAGUACCAUGUUUGACAGUACCGCCCUUUUUUUUCCGUUCAAGGCAGAGCCCAAGUGUCACAGCCAACACAAGGUUUUUGGAAGAGGAUGUUGUCUUAUCUGGAUGCCAUGUUCCUGCGAAAGUAAGUAUUAAGACGGAAUCCAUUAAGAAAUUGAGUAAUUUUCAUUUUCAUUGGACAAAAACGUUGUGCCAGAAUACUUUGAGCCUUAUAGCAUUCUUUCUUUUUUUUUUACGCUUUUCAAGGGCUAUAGACAUAAUCAGUUUUCUGUAAUAACACAAAAGACAAAUUCUUAUUGAGGCCCGAGAAAAUAAAUGUCAAAUUUCACAGGAAUUGAGAAAACAUAGGUAUAAUCGUCAUGCGUAAGAUUUAAUUUUGUAGAAAUUAGAGGCUUUUGAGAUUUGAAGUUUGUUUUCUUGGGCCUUUCAAAUGUGUUUUACUGUUAAAUAUUCCAGCUUAUUAUGUCCGAACUAAGACGACUGAACAUAAACAUCACGGUAAUAUUCAAAAUUACUGUCGCCCUGAUCCGUCAUGUAAGAGAUCCCUUAAGAUAGAUGGAAGAUAAAUGAACUCUUACGAGUCUGGUAAUAAUGGACUUUUAUGCCACAACUCUCUCAGAGAAGUACUUCAACGAUCCUUUAUAAUUAGAGUUUAAUCCCGAGCGCUGCCUUAGAGCAAGUAAAGAGGCCCAUUCCUUUUCUCACCUGCAGUUUGUAUUUGGACCCCGUAUGUAGAGAAGCCAUUCUGUCGAGGCGACAUCCUGUCAAAGACUUCGCCUUUGGCACAUGUUUACUCAGACAAGUAUCACUUUGGGGAGUAUGGCGCGCGCGCCCUUUAAGGGACGGACAAAAGGGGAACAAGAAACACGCAACUUGUCCUGCAACAUUGCCGCAAAACGAGUUGAAUAGCGUUGUUGUGAGUUUUAUCACCCAUAUCAAACCUGUCUUGCAACAAAUCAGGUUGUUAACAGGUUUGACAGACGUGGGUGGUAAAACGCGCAACAUCGUUGCAAGUUUUUAUGCGUGUUUCUCGCGUUCUCCCCUGCUCAUCGCGUUUUCGCGCGCCUUCAUUCCCCCUUUCUCAUACCCAUAUUCUCAAUCUAUAAAGGAUGAUGUAAUCAACUAAAGCAUGUGAAAAGAAAGUUGAAUUAAAUUUUGUUUCUACAAGUUGCAAUUGUAAUUGUCGAACUGUCCAGUGACAAACCAUCUUUAUGUCCAUCUUGAUCAACAACAUGCAUAACUUUGCCCUUCCUGUAGGUCGUCAUGUCGCUGAACUUGAGAUGUACGUGUUUAUGUGCAAAGUAAGUAUUCCGUAAAAAGUAUCCUAAUACACUUUUUAACAACGAACUUUGUAUGAUACCAAGAGAAUGAGACCGUCAUCUCUUGAUAAUUAGGCUUCUUUAAAGAAUUGUUUCGCCGGUCGCGAUGAGAGGCAAGGAGAGUCAUGUUCUAGUGAAAACAUUCCGAUUCCGCUGUCACGAUUUCGUCGAUUAGAAGUUAGUCAAAGCUACAAUAGUCGUCACAUUUGAUGAAGCAUUUGCGUCCACUCCAAUUCUGAUCAAUCAUGUACCUCCUAUCACUGGGGAAGAGGAGAAGGAGAAAUGCACAUGUCAUAAGUUUCUGUCAGGGGUAGGACCCAAGGGGUGGGGGUAUCAUAACAAGACAAAGUCCCCUGGUUCAAGUGCUUCUCAAUGGAAAAUCCCGUCGUGAUAUAUUUCUUAUAUAACUUGGAUUUAGUUAAUUGAGGGGACUUUUUAUGAACUAUUUCACUAAUAGGACAAUUGCACGAUGACGUCAUUUUACUACAACUACCAGAAUCCUUAAGUUUGUUGUUUUCUUGUGCAAAUUAAGGUUAUUGUUCUUUAAUCCUCAGCGGGAUUGACUAAUUUAAAUAACAAAGCAAAACCGAAAUGAAUAUUACAACUGGAUGUGGUACAUGGGUGUGGUCCGGGACAAUAUACGAUGUUUUACAUGAAGUACACACACAUUUUGAAGCGGGGCAGGAAGCGGGGCCAUCUUUGGUAACGAGCUGGGCGAGCUGGGCGAGCUGGGCAUCGUUA